AUGUACUCGUGGAAGCUGCGGCGGCUGUUGGUAAAGAAGGGUCUCAACCGAGCAAAUGUUCUCCAACUUCAUCUAGUGGAGCAUCACCAUCGGAAGAGGAGGAGGAAGAAGACGCAAGUGAGCAGGAACUUCCAAGUGAGCAUGCGGGAGAUGAUGAAAAGAAAGAGGAGGGCUCUGAUGAAGAAACUGAAGGAGAGGCGGGUGGUUCUGAAAUUGAGUGAGCUGGUUGCCUAUGGAGAGGAGAAUGACGGUGAGGAUGAAGUCGGAUCCGCUGAUGUCCCAGAGGAUAAGGAAUUGGAAGGUGUAGUAGAAGGUGAUAAGGAUGUGGACGAGGAGGGGAAGGAGGACGACGACGAGGAAUUUGAGCCCACCAAGGCAAUCAAACCAAGUAGAAUGUUCUUCUAUCAUACAGAGUACAAGAAACAGAUAAAGCUAGAGAAAAGGUGUUUGAUAGUAGACGUUAUUCAGACGUUUAAGACUCUGAAACCGGAGCCAAGCAAUGCGGAGAAGAGGUGGUUUGAGGAGCAUCCACAGUUCCGUCACUUGUUCCAUAUGAAACUGGACGCAAAUGCAAAGAAGAAGAGCUCAAACCACAAGGUUCAGGAAUUGUGGAUGUUGUUACUGCGUACUACCGAUGUCGCGAGGAGAAGAGAAGUGUGGUUCAUUGUAAAUGGUGUUCCCAUCCGUUAUGGGCUGAGGGAACACACAUUGAUAUCAGGCCUAAACUGCCGCAACUAUCCUCUCGGAUACAAGCAGUUUGGUGAUAGGAAAUUUGUAAAGCGUCAUUUCAAGGAGGGAGAACCAAUAAGGUUGGAGGAUGUGAAAGCAAAGCUGGUGGAAAUGGGACCCCAUAGAGAUAGGCUGAAGAUGAUGGUUCUAUUCUUUUUAGGAAGUGUUAUUUGUGCGCAAACGAAAGUUGGGCCAGGAGCCAAUGAUGUAUUGGAAUUUUUUCAAAGAGAUGUGGAUGAUCUCUUGACUUCUGCAAGACGUUUCCAUGGGAGAGAUACUCCUUUGAUUAUAUAGUCAAGGAGAUCUCGCACACAAUGGAUCAUUUUGGAGGAUUGGUGAAAGAGAAGACGCUAUAUAUGGCCACUUUCAGAUUUUUGUAUUCCACUAGAGCUUCUCACUUUCAAGACAAUUCCUAAGUUGGGAAUGAGGUUUAGACAACCAGUUGAAGAACUUGAUGAAGAGUGUCCGAGGGUGUGCCAGUCAACGUUCAAAAAAACUGAAAUGAAAGGGAAACCUCUUGCCAGUGUUAAUUGGGAACUGGAUAGUGUUAAGUCACAAGAUAUUCACAGCAUCCUGCCUACCAGAAAUAAUGAAGAAAAAGCUCUUUUGGCCGAUCUCACAGAACCAUAGGAUGACGUUGAUGUGUCUGAUCUUGCUGUAGAGAGCUGGGAAAAGCGUAUCAGUGAAGGAUAUCCAGUUUUUUUUCAAGACAUAUAUGAAGAAGACACUGAGGCGCGAAAGGUAAAUGCAGAAGAGGCAGUCCUUGAAGGCAUUGGUCGAGAGGAAGAGGUGGCAGAGCAGAAGAAGUUGUUGGAGGAUGUGAUAAAAAAACUGGAAACUAUUGGAGAUCAGCUAGAGGUAGUGGUGAAGACGCAAGAUAAAUUUGAGGAAAGGUUGGACGCGCGUGAGUCCGCUGUGAAGGAAGCUCAGAAGGGGAAGGAGAAGGAGAAGAGGAAGUGAAGAAAAGAAAAAUAAGGAACUUGUUUUGUUGUUUCGGCUUGUAAAAGUAUUUUUAACUCUAUGCUUUUCCUGGAUAUUUAGGAAGUUGUUUAGUGGAUGUUACAAUUACGGGAUCGUUUUAGGACGUUAGAAUUUCAAAUUCAUGAUGUUGCAAUUUGAAUUUCAUAAUAGAUCAUGGAAGAGUUAACAACA